CCAUUUUCAACUGUCACUCGAGUUAAAUCAAAGCACGACCUACGCGCUCAUUUGCAACCGAAUUUUUGUUUCGCUAACUUACGUACAUUUUCUGCGUGUAUUUUGUCACACAGUAAGCAACGGCACUGUGCUCUACAUCGUCUAGUUUUGCUCCACGGAGAUCCGACUCCAUCGCACCAGCAUCCCGAUCUGCGACGCCAUUGUCUUCGAUUGAAAGCAUCACAAAAUGGCAUCUGCACGAGCGUUCGGAAUUCUUAACAACCAAAACCAAGCCAACGGAAAUCAUCACUUUGUCGGAAAGAACCUCAGCUCACUGAAAGGAAGCGAUUCACGGUCCUCGUCCGCUUUCGCACUGAAAGAUCUAACCAACAACAAGGGACAGCAGCGCACCGUUGUACACCAAGAUGGCAAAGGCAAAAGCAUCAUCGGCUCACAGGGCAAGCAGCUAAAAGCAAGUGCGAACAGCAUUAUGCACAAGAUUGGACUGACCAACGAGAAAGCUGCCCCUGCCCGCAAACCAUCCAACAGUGCAGCUGCAUUCGAUACAUUCUCGCCACAGUACGCUGAGUAUGGCUGGGAGCAGUCGAACUGUCUGCGGAACGAUCUGCUGGAACAGAUGAUUGAUUUCACCGGCGUGUCGUGUGCGAUCAAGCGCAAACCUUUACCCCCGAUCACGCCCGGUCCGCUCGAUCUGCCGGAUCUGGAUGAUGUGUCGUGGAACGAGGACAACUUCCGGCCACUGAACGAUCAGCGCUUUUCGUCCGUAAAACCGUUAGAUCUGCCUGCCGACGAUUUUCCGCUGGUCGACAUCCAGGAUUUGGAGUUUAUGUUUUAGGAGGUAAAUUCGUGUUUGUGUAGAUUUACAAUCCUUGUAAUUGGUAGGCAUUUAAUUGUGACAUUUUUUGUGUAAAAACAUAUUUAAUCGGUGUGCCAGAGUAACGAUUGUUCGAACUAACUUGAUGAAGCGUGAACUUGAUUUCUCCUUCUAAAUAUGAUCUGAUGUAAAUAAAACCCAAACGUAUUGACCAAAGCCAA